CUUAACUAUCGGUAUGUGUAGCAACGUCGAUCGCUGACGAUACAUUCGAAAAAAUAGAGGCAAAGAGACAAAACUAACAUCAUCUAAAAAACGCACCAAAAUUCAAUCUUCCCUCCAACAUUCAACGUUCUUCAACUACGGCGUCGUGCGGUACGAUACGAUACGGUACCGUAGGUACGAGUACGUAAUCGUACCUGUUCGAAGCUUUCUCGAGGCAGCGGUCCAUCGAAGCAAGCAGGCAAACGAAGAAACUAGGAAACCAGCUCGGAACUCCCGGGAAACAACAACAGCCACACCAGAACACACACGAUUGCACCGCACCGCGGACCAGCUAGCUAUCCAAUGAGAACAAAAUUCCGGGGAGAACCAGGAAGGAGCCGAACGACGAUGGCCCUGGCAAUCUUCUGCGUGUCCUGGAUGGCGGCGACGGCGCCGCGCUCCACUCUAGCCCUUUCCGUGCCGUCGUUCGGCGUUACCAAAACGAUCGGCGGCGCUACGCAACACAUCCAGAGCGGAAGGCCUUCCGGAAUCCACAGGAUACGAACGGGCACCACCGGGGCGUGGUCCUCCCCCCCCGAACGAAGCAACAACGAAGGCGAGGCGGUCUGGUCGCCCGGCCUGCGCAAAACCAUGGCCGGGGUGGCGGGCCUCGGGGCGGUCGAAACGGGGUACCUGACCUACGCCAAGGUCACCGGGGGCCUCCCGUUCUGCGGGAGCGGAGAGGCCUCGUAUUCCACGUGCGACGCCGUCCUGAACGGGCCCUACGCCCACCUGCCCUUUUUCGAGGACCUGCCGCUGGCCUCGCUGGGCUUUGUGGCGUACGCCUCGGUCGCCGCGCUGGCGCUCUCGCCCCUGGCAGCCGGCGACAACGAGGGCGGCGGGGACGCGACCAACCGCGUUCUGCUGGCGGCCCUGGCGACGUCCAUGGCGACCUUUUCGGUCUUUCUGAUGACCCUUCUCUUUGGGGUCCUGGAGGCCUCCUGCCCCUACUGCGUGUUCUCGGCCUGCUGCAGCAUCUUCCUGGCGGCCGUGGCCCUGAUCGGCGGGUGCCUCCCCUCCGGGGGGAAUGCCUCGGCCGGGGGCCGGACGGUCCUGGCCGGCUUUGCGGGGGCCGUCGCCGGGGCCGUCCUGCUCUUUGCGGUCGGGGGCGCCGACGCCGCUUCGGCCGGGAGCCCCCCGGGCAGCACGCUGGCCGCCACGAUUUCCGGGAGCUCGCGAGGGGAACCGCAGCAGCUGCUCUACGCUCCACCGGAGAUCACCACCGACUCGUCGGAACGGGCCCUGGCCCUCGGCCGGGACCUGGCGUCCCUGGGCGGCGCCAGGAUGUACGGGGCCCACUGGUGCAGCCACUGCUACGACCAGAAACAGAUCCUGGGCAAACAGGUCUUUGACAAGACCAGCGGCUUUGUCGAGUACGUGGAGUGCUCGAAGGACGGGAUCAAUUCCCAAUCCAAGACCUGCAAGGCCAAGGAGAUCCCGGGGUACCCCACCUUUGAGAUCCAGGGACAGCUCUACCCGGGCCAGCAGGACCUCGGGGAGCUGGAAGACCUCGUGAAGGGCCUAAAGGAAGCUAGCAAGUAAUAAAAAACCGGCUCGGCAGCGUAGCGCAACCAAUCCUCGACUGUGGUAACAAAAUAAGUUUAUCUGU